AUGGAAGUGACAGAUCCUGGAGUCCGGAGAAUGGCUCUCACUCGAAGGCAAUGGAAAGUCAUGUUGAUAGCCACCCUUGGCGUUCUUGCCAACACCACUACCUACGGAGUUCUGGCACCCUUCUACCCGGAGGAAGCGCGCUUGAAGGAUAAUUCUCAGUUCGAAGUCGGUCUGGUUUUCGCAACAUACGCGGUGUGCGGAUUCUUCUCGAGUCCGAUCGUAGGGAGCCUCCUAUCGAUCGGAUUCUCAUCGAAAAUUAUUCUUGUCAGUGGUCUUUUCGUCGGCGGCAGUUUCUUCGCGGUUAUGGGCUGGCUCCACGCAGUGCCCAGCGGAACGCCGUUCUUCCUCGCGAACUUCUUCUGUCGAAUCGUACAGAGCUUGGGCGCCUCGCUCUGCUCCACGUGUUUCUACUCAAUAAUAUCGGCUGAGCUUCCGGAUCACAAGAAUAUCGCCAUCGCUACCUUGGAGACAAUGUUCGGUUUGGGAAUGAUGCUCGGACCGGCCUUUGGAGGCUUUCUGCACGAGCUCGGCGGCUACCCUCUUCCUUGUUACGUCUUCGGAGCCAUCGGCUGUUUCGUGGGAAUGAUCGCUUGGGUUUUCCUGCCGCCCACCGAGCUUAAGGAGAACCAAUCGACGAAAAUCAACUUCCAUUCCCUCGACGCACAGCUGUUCACCGAUCUGCUGGCCACAGUCUGCGCACUCUCGAUCAUGAACUACAAUGACGUAACGCUGUCGGGUGAAUUGAAACGAUACGAAAUGACCGGCGGAAAACUGGGUCUCGUAUUCCUAAUUUGCGCAACGGUGUACGGAGUAUCGUCCAUGAUGUGGGGAACGGGUGUCCAGAUUGUCGGGGACCCUCGGUAUCUCGUGAUAGUCGGCGCACUGAUUACUUCUGUUGGAACGUUCCUGAUGCGCCCCGUCCAGAUGCUGGGGGUUGAGAUAACGUUGCCCUUGCAAAUCGGCGCUCAAUGCUUGAUCGGCUUAGGCAUGAGUGCCAUGUACGUCUGUUCAACUUUGCACGGCAUGCACUAUGCGGUGCACCGCCUCGGUUUCCCCGAUGACAUCAGCACACACGGCUUCAUUUCGGGCGUUUUCAUGGCCGCCAUGUUCUGCGGAUGCUUCAUAGGACCGGUCGCUGGAGGCCUCAUCGAUGACAUGGUGGGCUACGCGAGGACGUUGCAGAUAACGACGGUGUAUAUCCUCCUGACUGCGUCUCUGGUCAUGCUGACGAUGAUCACCGAUAAAAUACAGAGCCGGGGCGACGAAGAGGAGUCCCUGAGGCGUAAGGGAGAGUACGUCGUGAUAGGGUCGAACGCACCGAGCUCGCUGACAGUAUGAAGGAAUCUUAUCAUUUAGGGAUCUAAGAAAAAUAUUUUCCGUAUCAAGCAUGUCCAGAUAUAUCGUUGCGUGGGAGUGAAAGUGUAAAUAUGUUCUAAAGAUCGAAAGCCAAAAG